AUAAGGCGAGAAGGAAACUUGCAUCGGCGACAAUUUCAAAGCGCCCAAAAGACGAGAAAGGCGUCCGUGCCUGCCCAGCGUCCAGCGUCCAGCAAAUCCUUGCCGGAAAUCCAGUCACAGAUCCACAGAUCCAGGACACCCAGCAACCAAGUUUCCAAAGUUGAAAAGUGCGCGCCUUAAACGCCGUUUCUACCAGUUUAAAUUCAAGUUUUGCUUCAAGUUUUUAAAAAUAAAAGUUCAGUUCCAAAAUGCCUUUCGCCCACGAGUCGCAACUGAAGUCGGUGGCCAGCGAACAGCUGACCAAGACGGAGACCAUCAAGCUGCGCAACCAACACAUCGGACAAGCCUGCCAGCUCUUCUAUCGCUCUGAUCCCCUGAAAAUCGUACGCGGCCAAGGUCAGUACAUGUUCGAUGAGGAGGGCACCCGGUACUUGGAUUGCAUCAACAAUGUGGCUCACGUUGGCCACUGCCAUCCGGAGGUGGUGCGUGCCGGUGCCCUCCAAAUGGCGACCAUAUCCACGAACAAUCGCUUCCUCCACGACGAGCUGGUGCAGUGCGCCCGGACGCUGACCAGCAAGAUGCCGGAGCCGCUGUCCGUGUGCUUCUUCGUCAACUCCGGCUCGGAGGCCAAUGAUCUGGCCCUGCGAUUGGCCCGAAACUAUACCAAGCGCCAGGAUGUGAUCACCCUGGACCAUGCCUACCAUGGCCACCUGCAGUCCGUGAUGGAGGUAUCGCCGUACAAGUUCAACCAGCCGGGCGGCGAGACCAAGCCCGACUAUGUCCAUGUGGCCCCCUGCCCAGACAUCUAUGGCGGCCAGUUCACGGACAAGAUGUAUCCCGAGGCCGACAUGGGUGCUCUGUAUGCCCGGCCCAUCGAGGAGAUAUGCCAGCGCCAGUUGGCCAAGGGUCAUGGCCAUGGCGUGGCCGCCUUCAUUGCCGAGAGCCUGCAGAGCUGCGGCGGCCAGAUCCUUCCGCCGGCUGGUUACUUCCAGGCUGUGUACGAGGCUGUGCGUUCUGCCGGCGGCGUUUGCAUUGCCGACGAGGUCCAGGUGGGCUUUGGACGCGUUGGCAGCCACUAUUGGGCUUUUGAGACCCAGAAUGUCAUUCCCGACAUCGUGUGCGUGGCCAAGCCUAUGGGCAAUGGCCAUCCCGUUGGAGCAGUGGUCACCACGCCGGAGAUUGCCCAGGCGUUCCAUGCCACCGGAGUGGCCUACUUCAAUACGUAUGGCGGCAAUCCGGUGUCCUGUGCGAUCGCCAAUGCCGUGAUGCGGGUGAUCGAGCAGGAAGGCCUGCAGCAGAAUGCCCUCGUCCUGGGGGAUUACCUGCUGCGCGAGUGCAAUCGUCUCAAGCAGGACUUUGAGUGCAUUGGCGAUGUGCGCGGCACUGGACUCUUUGUGGGCAUCGAGCUGGUGCGGGACCGGGCGGAGCGUAGUCCCGACAAGAAGGCCGCCCACUGGGUGGUCAACCGGAUGAAGCAGCUGCACCGGGUCCUGGUCUCCUCCGACGGGCCCAACGACAACGUGAUCAAGCUAAAGCCGCCGAUGUGCUUUAAUCGGGAGAACGCCGAUGAGUUCCUGCUCGCCUUCCGCGAGUGCCUCACCACUUUGAUGCAGGAUCGCUUGACCAGUGCCAGCGUGGCGGCCACCACCAGUGGCGUCAUUGCCACCGCCGCCGAGACGCUGGCCAACAAGACGAAGCUCUUCGAGCGGCAGGAUCGCCUCAUCAAGUCCGUCUGAGGCAGUGCCUGCUGGUUGGCCAGCAGCAGCAGCUCCACUAAUGCCUCUCCGCCCGGGCACAAAAUAGCUUUAGCCUUAGCCGCCAAGGAUAUUUAAAUUAUUCCAUGAUCCCCCCUCAGUCCCCCUCAGUCCCACUCUCCCGACUUUCCCUUCUCCAAAGAUAUAUAUAUAUUUUUUUGAUUAGUUCUUAGCUUUAUUUUUAGCCCAUGUAACCAUUGUAAUCAUUAUUCUGUAUGUCAGAUAUCUUCUAGUAUCUAGAAAAACGUAGGGAGCCCAACGCGAAUUUUUUCUAUUGUUAUGUGUACCUUUCCCUAUUAUUACAUACUAUUAUUAUUCUUUUUUUUUUUUCAUAUUUUAAGCACAAAAAGUGGAAAAUGUUAAUAAAAUGUUAUGUACAGAUGUUUUUUUAACCGCAAA